AUGGAUAUGAGCAGCAUGGAUCAUUCGUCCUCUUCCUCAUCAUCAUCCUCAUCAUCCAUGACCAUGUCGAUGGCAAUGGUCUUCGUUAAUGCCCAAGAUACACCCCUGUUCUCAAAUCAGUGGACACCGUCAUCCAGUGGCGCGUACGCUGGCACGUGCAUCUUCCUUAUCAUUCUAUCGAUUAUUGGCCGACUCCUGGUUGCGUUCAAGGGCGUCAUGGAGCAGCACUGGUUGAAUGCUCAUCUGAAUCGUCGCUACGUGGCCGUCGCGGGCAAGUCAACGGAAGCUGGUCGUAUCGACGCCGAUCCCGAUGCCAAAGUAGCUUCACUCGUAUCAGCGCAAGGGGUGGAAGAGUCCGUUAAAGUCGUGCGCCGGGCUACACACGAGCCCCUUCCGUUCAGAUUUAGCGUCGAUUUGCCGCGAGCAUUCCUUUUCCUCUUAAUUACAGGAGUAUCAUAUCUACUCAUGUUGGCUGUCAUGACAAUGAAUAUUGGCUACUUCUGCUCUGUGCUGGGUGGUGCUUUUCUAGGCGAACUGGCCGUAGGGCGGUAUAUUCAAUGGAAUGAGCAUAGCCAUUGA